CCAUUUGCUGACUUUGAACAUAAUUAUGAUCUUGCAAUAAAUCUAAUAAAAGGAUUGAGACCACAAAUUGUACAAGAGACUCCAACAGAAUAUAAGAAAUUAAUGGUACAAUGUUGGGAUGCGGAUCUAUUGAAGAGACCUGAUGCUGAAACACUUUUG